GGGGCAGAGCUGCUUGUGCGCGGCGGGCGGGGUGCGGGGCGCUUGGCGUCGCCCGGGCCCGGGGAGGCGGCUGCAGCCAGAGCGCCCGAGGCAGCCCGCCCUCACCCGGCUUGGGGCGGGGCGGCUGCCCGGCCGCCCCUUUAUCUGCCAGCUCCGCCGACUCGGCCGCCGCGGCCCUCCCAGCUCCGCUCCGGCUCAGUGGACAGGAGUCUCUGAAGUUUGCCUGACACCAUCAACCAGGCCCUACCAUCAACCAGGCCCUAGUCACCUGGCUUUGCCUUUGCCUUUGCCUUGCUGUGUGAUCUUAGCUCCCUGCCCAGGCCCACAGCCAUGGCCAUGGCCCAGAAACUCGGCUACCUCCUGCCCAGUCUGCGGCAGGUCAUCCAGGAGCCUCGGCUGUCUCUGCAGCCAGAGCCUGUCUUCACGGUGGAUCGAGCUGAGGUGCCGCCACUCUUCUGGAAGCCCUACAUCUAUGCGGGCUACCGGCCGCUGCAUCGGACCUGGUGCUUCUAUUUCCGUACGCUGUUCCAGCAGCACAACGAGGCCGUGAAUGUCUGGACCCACCUGCUGGCAGCCCUGGUACUGCUGCUGCGGCUGGCCCUCUUUGUGGAGACCGUGGACUUCUGGGGAGACCCACACGCCCUGCCCCUCUUCAUCAUUGUCCUUGCCUCUUUCACCUACCUCUCCUUCAGUGCCUUGGCUCACCUCCUGCAGGCCAAGUCUGAGUUCUGGCAUUACAGCUUCUUCUUCCUGGACUACGUGGGGGUGGCUGUGUACCAGUUUGGCAGUGCCUUGGCACACUUCUACUAUGCUAUCGAGCCCUCCUGGCAUGCCCAGGUGCAGGCUGUUUUUCUGCCUAUGGCUGCCUUUCUCGCCUGGCUUUCCUGCAUUGGCUCCUGCUAUAACAAGUACAUCCAGAAACCAGGCCUGCUGGGCCGCACGUGCCAGGAGGUGCCCUCCGCCCUGGCCUACGCACUGGACAUUAGUCCUGUGGUGCAUCGUAUCUUCGUGUCCUCCGACCCCGCCACAGAUGACCCAGCUCUUCUCUACCACAAGUGCCAGGUGGUCUUCUUUCUGCUGGCUGCUGCCUUCUUCUCUACCUUCAUGCCCGAGCGCUGGUUCCCUGGCAGCUGCCAUGUCUUCGGGCAGGGCCACCAACUUUUCCACAUCUUCUUGGUGCUGUGCACGCUGGCUCAGCUGGAGGCUGUGGCACUGGACUAUGAGGCCCGACGGCCCAUCUAUGAGCCUCUGCACACGCACUGGCCUCACAACUUUUCUGGCCUCUUCCUGCUCACGGUGGGCAGCAGCGUCCUCACUGCGUUCCUCCUGAGCCAGCUGGUACAGCGCAAACUUGAUCAGAAGACCAAGUGAAGGGGGAUGGCAUCUGGUAGGGAGGGAGGUAUAGUUGGGGGACAGGGGUCUGGAUUUGGCUCCAGGUGGGAACAAGGCCUGGUAAAGUUGUUUGUGUCUGGCCCACAGCGACUCCCUGUUCACGACUCAACUGCCAAGGGCGUCACUGGCCAAUUCUUGGAUUUAGGGAUUGGCUAGGAGUUGCUGGGGUCCACUCCUGGGCCUGCCCCAGCUCCUUGCCCAGGGAGAGGGAAAGAGUUAAAGGUGUGGGCCACUCCAGCUUGCCCUUCCACUGCCACUCACUGGGGUGAGGCUGGGGGUCAGCUUGGUGAGGAUUGGGGCUUCUAGAUUGUCUAGGCAGGAGGUGAAACUUAGGCCGGAGUCAGAUUUGAGCUGAGCCAGGGGAGGCCUUGGCAACACACUUCUACUCAGAUUUCAUUGCUGGAUGCGGAAGGGGCAGGCCCAAAAUAUAUGCAGGAUCUUACUGUCCCUUGAAUCCCAGCCACAAGUGUUGGAGCUGCAGAGAGACCCCAAAGGUAGUAGAUUGUGCCAGAUACAAAUGGGUCCCAUCCAGUGCUUCAUACCCCUUCAGUCACCAUCCCAGACAGUGAGCCCCAGAUCUCCUAGCUCUGGCUUCUGUGUCCCACACGGCCCGUUCCCAGCUUCUCUUCUGGUUCCCUUGUUAAGGAUUCAUUUAUCCAUUCAGUGUUUCCUGGGUCUCUGCUCAGAGGCAGGUCACCACUGGGCCCUGUGGAUCAAUGCAAGAUGACAAAGGCUUUUUUUUUUUUUUUUUUUUUUUUUCGAGGAGUUUCGCUCUUGUUGGCUAGGCUGGAGUGCAAUGGUGUGAUCUCAGCUCACUGCAACCUCCGCCUCCUGGGUUCAAGCGAUUUUCCUGCCUCAGCCUCCCGAGUAGUUGGGGUUACAGGCAUGUGCCACCAUGCCUGGCUAAUUUUCUGUAUUUUUAGUAGAGAUAGGGUUUCUCCAUGUUGGUCAGGCUGGUCUUGAACUCCUGACCUCAGGUGAUCCGCCCACCUCGGCCUCCCAAAGUGCUGGGAUUACAGGCAUGAGCCACUGCGCCUGGCUGACAAAGGCUUUGAUAUCAGAAUGAACUGUCAAGGGAAGUGCUGGAGAGGGAUUAACCUGUGCUGCCUGGGACCCUCAAGGUCUUAGGUUGGGGAGUGUGAAUAGGAGUUUGCAGAUGGAGAAUAGGAAGGGCAUUCCAGGCAGAGGGAAACCUGUGCAGAGACCCAGAGGUGCGGAAGGAAAAGUGGGGCUGGGGCUGGGGUGGUCUGGAUUAUGGCCUGGAUGCAAUAAAGUGACUGUGACAGUAGCC